UCCUGCCAAACCAAGAAACCGUAGACAUCUGCUGAAUCGACAGUGGCCUGCUGGGCGAGGGAAAACCGAAAAAGACGAUGAAAAGCUGAUGCCUUUUCUUUUUCCCAUUGAUUGAUACAAUUACAAUGGAUUCCAUCAUCUCGGGUUCAGGGGCUCAAGACGCUUGUACUGCUGCUUCUUCUUCAUUAUGUGGGUACGCUCUCCUGUUCAAUGGGUUGUCUCUCAUCCCAAUCUGGCACUAUUUGCUGGGGUUCUUGAUCGGUUCGGUCGUGUUCCUGUACAACUUCUUGGAGUUCCAUUUCCUCGAGGAUCUCCUCUCCGGGUUUCGAGGGUCUCCCGCCAAGUUCACUUACAAUUCCGGUUCCGAGAUUUACAGCGGCGUCGCUUCCAAGUGCCGCAUUAUUCAUGGGAGGUACUUGGCUACCCCAUGGCUGUCGAGCCCUCACAUUCAGACGACAUUCUUGAAUUUCUUUGGAAGGCCUCCAUCGUUCAGCUACAGAAGACAAAUCUUCCAUGCUUCUGAUGGUGGAACCAUUGCACUGGAUUGGCUAAUGAGCUCAGAUGUUUCUGGGGGCGCCUUCCACAUGGAAAGUUCCAUAUCAAGAGAUGACACCACUCCCAUUGUGGUAGUGGUUCCUGGGUUAACAAGCGAUUCUGCUUCGCCUUACUUGAAGCAUCUUGCUUUCAACACUGCGAAACGUGGGUGGAAUGUUGUUGUGAGCAAUCAUCGGGGGCUGGGUGGUGUUUCAGUUACAUCUGAUUGCUUUUACAAUGCGGGCUGGACAGAAGAUAUAAGGGUUGUCCUUCAUUAUCUCCAUAAAGAAUACCCUAAAGCUCCUCUAUUUGCUGUUGGGACUAGCAUUGGUGCCAAUAUUUUGGUAAAAUAUCUGGGAGAAGAUGGAGAGAACGUUCCUAUUGCUGGGGCUGUUGCAAUUUGCUCUCCUUGGGACCUUUUGAUUGGUGACAGAUUUAUAAACAGAAGGCUGGUGCAGAAAUUGUAUGACAGAGCUCUCACGAUCGGUCUCCAAGGUUAUGCGCAGCUGCAUCAACCUCGCUAUUCUCGCCUUGCCGAUUGGGAUGGCAUAAAGAAGUCGCGUUCAAUUCGGGAUUUUGACAACUACGCAACUUGCCUUGCUGGGAAAUUCGAGACUGUCGACACAUACUAUAGGAAAUGCAGCAGUUCUAAUUAUGUUGGGAAUGUUUCGGUCCCUUUGCUCUGUAUUAGCGCGUUAGAUGAUCCUGUCUGUACAAGGGAAGCCAUUCCUUGGGAUGAAUGCAGGGCGAAUAAGAACAUCGUCCUCGUCACCACGAGACACGGGGGUCACUUGGCGUUUUUCGAGGGGUUAACUGCAUCGAGUCUAUGGUGGGUGAGGGCUGCGAAUGAAUUUCUUCAUGUUCUUCAUUCUAGUCCUUAUAUGCAUGUGCAGAAGAAGAUCAAGACUACGGGGUUGCACUCGACGUUGGAUUCCUCAAUCGAUCAAGGCCCCUAUGUGAAUAUAGCUGAUGGAAUGGUAGCUGCAGCAGGAAACGAGCACACGAGAGAUGUCGUGGAAGAAGAUGAGAGCAGUGAACUUCCAAAAGAUAUCCACAGAAACAACAAUGAGAUAAUCCCAGAUGCAGGUAAUGAUGGAAUGCAGAUAACAGAAUCAAAGCCUGAUAUGUCCCGCAAGAAUGUUGACAAAGAGGUCGGGCUGACCUCUUCAGUAAUGAGAUGCUUAUCACAGAUCUCGAGAAGGACAAAAGUAUCGAUAUGGUUACUUGCUUAUAUUGCGGUUGUAACCAGUUGGCCUCUGGUGGGUUCAGCCAUCGGGAUGUUCUUGAAACGGAAGAUUCAGAAAGCCUCCCCUCGCCUCUCUGCUUAAAAGACAACCUCAAGCCCCCACCGGGUUAUCAUUGUCAUGGCUCACUAUAUGUCUUCACAAGCACCAUUAAGUCUAUCGAAAGAUAUUCCUCAGUAUAUUCAUGUCAGCUUGAUAACUGCACAUGACAGCGAAACCUUCAGUCUUCUGUAAGCCUGCUGAUAAUAUCAUCAACACGGCUCCAUCUAAAUUACUAGCUAUGACUAGUCUUACCCGUUCGAAUUCGAUGACGUACAGAAUGGUAUGUCGGUGAUGGCGUUCGUACGAAAGAAUGAUGCAUGUGUUUUUACCGUUUGUUUGAAUUGUGAGUUUAAGAAGGAUAGGAAGGGGUUGUUAUGGAGGGUUAUGAUAAUUUUGUAGUGUUUCACAAGAAAUGUCGGAUUCUAUGAACUCAGACAAUUAGUUCCAUUGGCAGUUGAACA